ACCUGUUACUCCCUCCGGGGAGUAUCAGAACAUGAUGAAUGGAGCUUUAUGAGAUAUGAUUAAUAUCUCUGGCUUGAGGGGAACAGCAACACCCCUCAUGACCCAUUCUGAUCCUGAUGUCUUUGUGAAUUUAAAAAUAAAUCUCUUCUAAUUGUGAAGUGAGGUCUGAUGGACUCCCUUAUGAUUAAAGGCAAAAAAUCUCUGGAGCAGGAAAUUAAGGACUUGGAAUCCACUAAUGAGGCUCUACAGAAGGAGCUUUCUUCUUUGCAGUCUGAAGCUUACCAAGUGGAAGAAAUCCAUAAAGAAAAAGAAGAGCUGUGCAGGGUGCUGCAGUUCCAGUGUGAAGAGUCUGAGCAGGAUUCUCUCAGGCAGUUGAAUGAGAACAAGAAGAGCGAGGAGCUGCUGGAGCAGCACAGAUAUGAAAUCCAGGAAUACAAGCUAAAGCAACGGAAGCAGCGGAUGAGGUUUGAAAACCAGCUGCAUCAGCUGAUGGAGCAACACAAGAAUCUGUACUCAGUCUUUACCCCAGAACGACUCCCAGAAGGAUUAGCAAGCGCCGAGAACACGAAGAGGCAGCUGCUGUCAGCUGAACAACUGAAGCUGGCUCAGCUGCACAAACUGAGUCAGGAGCUGGAAGAGCUGAAGAAACAGAAGCUGUCGGAGACUCAGGAGUGAAGCCGUUCAGUUGUAGCACCUCUGGCUAAAAGCAUGUUGUUUCCCGUUAUCUCUUCUUCAGUGAAAAAUAUGUUCUUAAACUUUGGGUCUGGGUUUGAUUAGCUAACAGUGUCAGGAGGUGGUGUAUUUUAGUCAGAAUUCCUGUUUUAUCGUUGACACACACCUAACCUUACUUCGGCUGGUUUUCAUUCUUUGCCGACAGUUUUUGUUUUAUUCGUUAUGUGAGGCAUCUUGUCUGUUAUAUCAUCAGUUUGCUUUUCUGCCGCCGAUUUAUGUCUGAGACAUAAAACUGAAAACAUUCCAUUAAUAUUGUUUUUCAUAUGGAAAAUGCCCAAAAAUGGUCUUUAGGUUCUAACAGCAGUCUGUUGAAUCGGUGGAACGUUACAUCGUUACGGCCUUUUUGUCAUCUUUAUGAAAUGUUAUGAAAGUUCAUGAAUAAAAGCAGUGAAACAGUCACAACCGAGUUCAGUUUGAAAGAGAUUUAAUAAAAGUUCGUCGUUGU